UCGAUGUGCCGCCCGCCCCUCCUCUCUCGCUCUCUUGUUCCUACUGGCUGCUGGUGAGGGGCCAGCGGUGACCCGGGAGGACAGAACACGACCGCAGGACCCCAGCGCCACCAGCCCACACCGACAGAGAGAGAGAGAACCAUGAAGACCCCCGCCAACGUCGCCCUGCUCCUCCUCGUCGCUUCCUGCGGCGUCUUCAUCCCAGUAUCAACCAAUGACGAUACGACCACAGCAACGACUGAAGCCAAAGUGAUCACCAUGGUCCCCUCGUCCACGGCCACAAGCGGGACGACCCCCUCCGCCGGGACCACCAAGCCCAGCACGGUCCAAGUGAUCACCACGGUCCCCUCGUCCACGGCCACAAGCGGGACGACCCCCUCCGCCGGGACCACCAAGCCCAGCACGGUCCAAGCCACGGUAACGCCCGGCAACCAUUCCUCCCCAGCGCCGACAACCACGCCUUCCAAUGACACCUCGGCGCCCGUCUCCGUGACAACCGAUAACAAAACGUCGGAGCUCCUCAACAGCACCGGGGCCGUGUCCGGGAACGCCAGCACGGGAGGGCAGCAGAACUCCUCCUCCGAGGCGUCCACCCCCAAGGACCUGCCGAAAGGUCCCAAUAUGACCAACCCCACCAAUGAACCGAAGAUAAUGAUGACCAGCAAGGCAACCACGCUCCCCCCCCCCACCCCGGGAAAAAGCCCCUCUGCCAACACUGUUCUUCCGACGAGGGGCCAGACGCAGUCGAAGGCCGUUGAGGAGCCUGAAAAGGGGAAGACGACGCUCGCAAAGUCAGAUAAGAAGCUCCUGUGGAUCCUGCUACCCGUUCUGGGCAUCGCCGUGGCCGCCGUCUUCUUCCUGCUCAAAUUCAAGUGCAAGAACGUCCACAACCACAUGGACACCAUCGACAACGGCACAGAGAACGCGUCUUUCCAAAGCCGCCCUGAAAGCACGAAGGACGGCGUCAUGCUGCUGGGGGUCCGAGCAUCCGGGGCCGGAGAGAAUGGUACGUUCCAUCAGCAGUGACUCUCCCUGAGCUCGGACCGGUCCAACUGCCAAGACAGCCGCAGGAUCAAGAUAAUGGAAGGAAGGAGGAGAAGGUUUCCUCUUGGCCGAUGGAAUCAGUGGAUGGACGAGCCAGAAGACGGCUCCUCACUCCUGGAUAAAAGAUUAUGAUUGUUUUUAUUGUCAUUUUUGUACACGACGAGAUGAUUAUGAAGUGAUCAGAAAACAGAAGAUGUAAGAUAUGAGAGCGUUGGAGUUCACCAUGUAUAUUCGAUCCCGAUUUUUCCCGGGUUUUCAGAAAACACAAGUCCUGCUCCCCCCUGCACUGAGCCAGCUGCUUCACUCUGUCAUUACUACUGUGGGUUCACCCUCACCCUCACCCCAUCCCCUAUCUACUGAUGGUUACAUGAGGGAGGGGAGGUUUAUACGAAGCCUAAUGCAUUCACUGGAGAAAUUAAAUUCUGCUCUUGUUUUUCUGAAUUAAAGGACAAAUCCAGUGUAAAAUGGAUCUGGGAUAUGUUUAGUAUGAUAACGAGUUGGAAUGUUCGUUUGGGAGCAAAAAUGCGCGUAUAGACGCAUUCUCAAAUUGGCUGUUUUUAGCCGAUUCUACCAAAACGCUAUAAACUUGGAACGAUGGGGGCAUUUGUUAUGGUAAAAACGAAAUCGCUACUUUAAACCACUUAAAAGGCUAGAAGUAGCCCGACACUUCUUUAGUAGUAUAAUAAGGGUCUUAACAUAUACAAUGAGGUGUUGAUAACUUUGUAAGUGCACAACUUGCACGUUCCAACUUGUAAGCAUACCAAACAUAUCCCAAAACCGGAUUUCUCCUUGAACAACAUAAUUAUCUCCGAAAUCUGCUUUUCUGUAGCCUAAAUUUUUAUUUAAGUUAAUUUUGAAAUUUCCGAAAUAAAUAGCAGAUCCCUAAAACUUUAUCGCAGAAUUCUGAGAUUAGUAUGUCGUUUAUUCAGAAACACAUGAGCUUUAUUUUCUUGAGUGAAUGCAUUAUGCAACCCUUAUGCAAAGCAAUUCAUACAUGUGUUGUACGAUGAUGUAAGGUUAUUUGCUGUUUAUUUCACUGUGAUUAUUAGUUGUUUGCUAGCUUUUAUUUACUUUAAUUUCUGAUAGUAGGCUACAAAUGUACAUUUGUUGUUAGUUUUUUGUUGACUGAUUCAGCUUUCUUAUGCUUUGUAAACAUGAUGACAACAAUAUUAGAAAUGGAAAAAGAAGACAACUCUCUUUUAUUUUGUCCAUCUGAAAAAAACUAUUGGUGGAAAUCAGUGUCAACAUACAAACACACACCAAAGUAUCCAUGAUUAGGUUGUUUAUUUUAUUUGACCAACAAACUGAUCUUCGUUUAAAGUUGAUAAUUGUUCCUUUAGUUGUUUAGUUGUUCCUUUAAUAAAUUCGACAUUUCUGGAGGGAAUCCUGCUUCUGCUCCGUCAUUCGUCGGUUCAUGACUUUCGCCACUAGAGGGAGCCAACGGCUCGUUCCUUGGUGCGAUACUAGAAGGCCUUUCAUUAGAUUUAGCG